AUGGUCAUCCUAAGACUGUGUCCAGUAGAAACCGAAGUCGAACCGAAGUACGGUGAGAAGCCCGUCCACUCUCUCAUUGCGGGUACGACUGCUGGAGCAAUAGAGGCAUUCGUGACAUACCCCACCGAGUUCGUAAAGACCCGGACACAGUUUGGUGGGCAGCGAGAGUCACCCUUGACUAUCAUCCGCUCGACUGUACGCGAAAAAGGUGUAGCGGGUCUGUAUUCGGGUUGUUCGGCACUCGUGAUAGGCAAUUCAGUCAAGGCUGGUGUUCGGUUCGUGAGCUAUGACCACUUCAAGAGUAUGCUCGCAGACGCAGAGGGCAAUGUCAGUGCACCUAGAAGUUUACUUGCUGGUCUCGGCGCUGGUAUGACGGAGGCCAUCAUCGCUGUUACCCCUUCAGAGACCAUCAAGACCAAAAUGAUCGAUGACGCCAAACGUCCCAACCCGCAAUAUCGCGGUCUUGUUCAUGGAACGAUGUCUAUAAUUCAGCAGGAAGGCAUACUCGGCAUAUAUCGAGGGCUCUUUCCUGUCAUGAUGCGUCAAGGAGCCAACUCUGCAGUACGUUUUACGACAUACACGACUCUCAAACAGUUCGUUCAGGGAACUACGCGACCAGGCCGGCAGUUACCUCCAGGGAUCACGUUUGGCAUUGGUGCAGUAGCUGGUCUGGUGACAGUCUAUGCAACACAACCGCUAGACGUGAUUAAGACGCGGAUGCAGUCACUAUCAGCACGCCAGCAGUACCGUAACUCUUUCCACUGCGGAUAUAGGAUCUUGACUGAGGAGGGUAUCUUCCGGUUUUGGACUGGUACAACGCCGCGACUGGCCAGAUUAGUUGCGAGUGGAGGCAUCGUCUUCACAAUCUAUGAGAAGAUUAUUAGUAUCAUCGGUGGUCGGGAGCAGGACUAGCAGUCCAUACAAGAUGUUCCUGAACCAAAUAUGACAUCACCCAACGUACUCUUUGAGAACACGAUAUAGAUAAUCCUGAACCUCAGGCUGUGGGUGGGCUUUCACGCAAUAUCAGCCUCAUAUUUCAGAGCCUGGCAGUAAGCUCACUUGCCAGAGUUCCAGUAGUCGGGCUCACGCCUAUGGGCGAUCGAGUGCAAGUGGUCAGAAUAGGGAUUACCUUCUUGGGUUUGUACAAGCUCGUGACAACCAUUGAAAUCAUCAUUGAGCAGGUGGAGGAUUCGUAACGGCAAUAAGCAGAGGCUUCUAAGUACCUUGACGAGUUGAAGUUGAGAUUAGCUGAUAGCUGGUUGAUCUAAGUUGUUAUAUCCUGACACCAUACGACUUUCGGGGAGAGCGGAGCAGGGUGAACGAACAAAUAGGGCCCGCACCACAGGUGACGACCAGAG